CUUCAGGAAGGGGCGGAGCCUGCUCUGGGGGCAGGCUCAAAUUCAGGUUUAAGUGUUGAUUGUGCUCAGUUACAGAGAGUUUACCAUGGAGGCGAACGGGUUGGGGCAGAGAAGAGGCCUAACGCGCGGGGAGCCACAAUUUGCGAGCUGGUCUGGAGGAGGCAGAUAGCAGUGCCCGACUGAAUCCGCUUUAAGAACCCUUGCCUUCUCCACCCACCAGCUUAGCAUUUGACACCUACCCCCAACCCCACCUGAUCGCUAGAUCCCAGAGUUUUCCGGAGCUGAAGAAUGACACGUUCCUUCGAGCAGCCUGGGGAGAGGAAACAGACUACACCCCCGUUUGGUGCAUGCGGCAGGCAGGCCGCUACUUACCAGAGUUUAGGGAAACCAGGGCUACCCAGGACUUUUUCAGCACCUGUCGCUCUCCUGAGGCCUGUUGUGAACUGACUUUGCAGCCACUGCGUCGGUUCCCCCUGGAUGCGGCCAUCAUCUUCUCGGACAUCCUUGUUGUACCCCAGGCACUGGGCAUGGAGGUGACCAUGGUACCUGGCAAAGGACCCAGCUUCUCGGAGCCAUUAAGAGAAGAACGGGACCUAGAACGUCUACGGGAUCCAGCAGUAGUGGCCUCUGAGCUGGGAUAUGUGUUCCAGGCUAUCACCCUUACCCGACAACAGCUGGCUGGGCGUGUGCCACUGAUUGGCUUUGCUGGUGCCCCGUGGACUCUGAUGACAUACAUGGUUGAGGGUGGCAGCUCAAGCACUAUGGCUCAGUCCAAGCGCUGGCUCUACCAAAGACCUCAGGCCAGUCACCAGCUGCUUCGCAUCCUCACUGAUGCUUUGGUCCCAUAUCUAGUAGGACAAGUAGCUGCUGGUGCCCAGGCAUUGCAGCUCUUUGAGUCCCAUGCAGGGCAUCUUGGCCCACAGCUCUUCAGCAAGUUUGCACUGCCCUAUAUCCGUGAUGUGGCCAAGCGAGUGAAAGCCAAGUUGCAGGAGGCAGGCCUGGCACCAGUGCCCAUGAUCAUCUUUGCUAAGGAUGGGCAUUUUGCCCUAGAGGAGCUGGCCCAGGCAGGCUAUGAGGUGGUUGGGCUUGACUGGACAGUGGCCCCAAAGAAAGCCCGGGAACGUGUGGGGAAGACAGUGACCCUGCAGGGCAAUCUGGACCCCUGUGCCCUGUAUGCCUCUGAGGAGGAGAUUGGGCAAAUGGUGCAGAAGAUGCUUGAUGACUUUGGGCCACAACGCUACAUUGCCAACCUAGGCCAUGGGCUUUACCCUGACAUGGACCCAGAACAUGUAGGAGCUUUUGUGGAUGCUGUGCACAGACAUUCACGUCUACUUAGACAGAACUAAGCAUAUACCUUUUCCCUCAAGUAUAUGGAUGAUUGUUUUCUGGAGAAUAAAGUUCCAUAGUUGAAAUCUAGUA